UUCCCUCCUUCCCCUCUUCUUCUCUCUCUCUCACGCAUAAACACAAACACAUUCUCAAGAUGGAAAGUAACACAGUGGCUGGAGUUUUGUUAACAAUCCUUGCAUUGUGUUUUGUGGUACCAAGCUUGGCUACAGAUUACACAGUCGGCGAUGCAACGGGUUGGACAACUAAUGUUGAUUAUAGCACGUGGACUAGUGGAAAGACAUUCGCCGUCGGUGACAGCCUCGUUUUCAAUUAUGGAGGAGGACAUACAGUGGAUGAGGUGAGUGGAAGUGACUACAGCAGUUGCACAGUUGGGAAUUCUAUUACUACAGAUAGCAGUGGAGCCACCAAAAUUACUCUCAAGACAACUGGAAGCCAUUACUUCAUUUGUGGAAUAGUUGGUCAUUGUGCAAGUGGGAUGAAGCUAUCUGUAACAGUGGCAGGAGCUACUUCAAAAACCCCAUCCACAACACCAUCAACCACUACCAGCCCCACCACCACCACCACCACACCCACUACCUCCUCUCCCUCCACCACCACCACCUCUUACUCAAACUCAUCCACAUACACUCUUUCUCCAACCAUAGUCAUAUUCUUCACUUGUCUGGCAAUUUUUAAGUUGAUUUUCUCUCCCUUGGCCUCCUAGACUAGAAAGCUUUAUUGCCAGGAUGGAGGCAGUGCUCUGUUAGUGCUU